AUGUUGCUUGAACUUCCUCGCUUAACCAAUUCUCUUCGACUCCCAUUCGACGCCGAUCAAGCUUAUCUGCAACGAAGACUGUUCCUUCAAAACCUUAAGUUAAACAGUUCCACGGCUUCAGUUGAAGAGUCAGAACUUGCUCGAAAGGUCGUUUAUGGAUGGGAUAAAGCUUCUUCCGAGGUACGACAGGCCUACAAGAAAUUUAUUGGAGCAGUGGUUGAGUUGAUGGGUGGUGAAGUGGUGUCAGAGGAGUUCCAAGAAGUGGCAUUAUGUGUUUAUAGGCUAUUUAGUGCAGCCGGUGAGGAAGACGUGGAUGUAGACAACAAGAGGAUUGAGAAGAAGUUGGAGUUGGAAAAACUAUUUGGUAAUGCUGUUUCAGAUGCAAACUUACUGAAAGUUGCAUCCCUGGCAAAGAGUCUUUCUGUUUUACAGAAUAAUGAGCAUGGGACAGUGUCUUCAUCAGAAUCACAAAAUGGAAAUAACGAGGAUUUGGAAUUUGGUUCAGACCUGGUUUUCCAACAUCCUACUAGGUUUCUAGUCGAUAUCUCUUUGGAGGAUGCGGAAUUUCCCAUGGAGGAAACAAGCACAUCUUCUCAUCAUCAGGAAUGGUCUGAGUAUGGUGACUCUGCAGACUUCCAACCAUCUGUUAAUGAAAGAAUUUUUGACUUAGAAUGGCUGAGAGAUGCAUGCGAUAAAAUUGUCAAGAAAAGUACUUCACAGUUUCCUCGAGAUGAACUGGCAAUGGCCAUUUGCCGAGUUCUUGAUUCAGAGAAACCUGGUGACGAGAUAGCUGGCGACUUGCUGGAUCUUGCUGGUGAUAGUUCAUUCGAAACAGUUCAAGACCUUAUCCUGCAUAGAAAGGAACUUGUUGAAGCUAUCCAUCGGGGACUGCAAGUACUGAAAUCUGACAAAUUAGCUUCAAGCACACAACCACGCAUGCCCAGUUAUGCCACACAGGUUACUGUUCAAACAGAGUCUGAAAGGCAAAUUGAUAAACUUCGCCGCAAGGAGGAGAAGAAGCAGAGACGUGGAACAGAUUAUGGGAUUGAGAACGACUUAUCCUCUCUGACUUUUAGUUCUUUACUUCAAGCAAGUGAGAAGAAAAAUCUAUUUGAUGGUUUGGUUGGGCAGGGUGAUGGGCUGCACACAGCCCUUCCUCAGGGCACUGUAAGGAAGCAUUACAAGGGAUAUGAAGAAGUCAUUAUUCCCCCUACACCAACUGCACCAAUGAAGCCUGGGGAGAAACUGAUUGAAAUAAAGGAGUUAGAUGACUUUGCACAAGCUGCUUUUCAUGGCUACAAGUCUUUGAACCGCAUCCAGAGCAGAAUAUACCAAACAACUUACCAUACUAAUGAGAACAUACUGGUCUGUGCCCCCACAGGUGCUGGAAAAACAAAUAUAGCUAUGAUCGCUAUUUUACAUGAGGUAUACACUAGGCCUCACCUUUCUCCCAUCCUGUGA